AUGGCCUUGACUGUCGUCCGUCGUUCCGUGGGCCCCGGCGCCAAGUUGGUAGGCAAGCAACCCCUUCUCGCCCCGACUUUUCGCUCCGGGUACUCCGUCGUCCUUCGAGAAGCAUCGACGACUAGCAGCAGCACCAGCAGCACAUCGCAACGCUUCUACCCUCGACCACCAGGCACACCCAGCCAAAGCAAGGGGGUCAAGAUUGGCUACGUCUUUGGCGUCCUUGCGUUCGUCGGUCAGUAGCGAUCCCCCACGUCCCAGUCCGCGAUCAGAAACGAUGCAGUCAUCUUCAGCCAGGCUAAAUCGCUUCUGAUCCCCCAUCUCUCCCCGUUCCUUUCUUGCUUCAUCCUGCUAGGCAUCGGAGCCACGUCCUAUGGUCUCUACAACUUCUAUUCGUCCUUCACGGCUUACCCAGCCGCAAUCCGCACCCACCUUCGAGCCGCUCUCAGGUCCGCCGCGACUGAGUCCUACUCGCGCGCCGAUGCAUCCUUUGCGCAGGCUUACCAACUCGCCCUCGACGACCCCACGCUGGGCAAGACGAGGCAGGAACGGCUGAUCAAGACGACCGGGAUUGCGAUCCGAUGGGGGGCCAUGUGGGAAGCCGCAGGCGAGCUCGGUAAGGCGAUCGAGGUCUACGACAAGGGUUUUCGCGAAAUCGCCGAUCUCGUCGACGCCGCAUUGCCCGCCCAACUUGCAUCCACUUCAACCUCGACAACAACGGCAACGACAGACAUGCCGACCAAAUCAGAGAUCAUGCGCGGCGCUGCCAUUGCCCUCAAAGUCGGCGACCUCUCAUGCGACCUUGGCGGAACGGAGGCCCUUGCCCAUGCCGAGGAGCGGUAUGCAUGGGCCUUGCAAGAGUUGAUGCGCGUAAAUAUGACCCCGGCGCAGCUACAACAGGUCGACAUCGGACAACGCCACGGCUCGCCCGAUCAUGGAAACCCUCCCCCGAUCGAGGGCAGCGAGGGGAACAACGAUCUGCCAACUUGGGUCAGCAAGGUCGAGCUCGUCGCGGCGAUGGAGAGGCUUGGAGGCCUGUAUGCCCGCCAAGGGAAGCUCGAGUAAGCUUUGGAUCAUCUAGCACACAUUUUAGCUCCCCAAUCGUACGAGCACUGAGCCCUUCUUUUCGAUGACCGCUCUACAGAUACGCGCAACCGCUGCUCCAACAAGCGAUCGCGACGCUUUUGCCACCUCCGAGCAAAGACGCCAACCCCCGGAAAAAGCUCCCACCCCCAUCGGUCGCAGAUCGGUGUCACGCGGCGACGUUGAUGAACAACCUUGCGUCUGCGUUCGUGCAGGACCCGUCCCCCUCGGUCGCCUCGAUCGAUUCGGCGUCGCGAUGGGCCCGGCAAUCUCUCGCCGUUGCGCAUGGGGUCCGGACCGAGAUGAUUGGCAAACGGGGCGGCAACGAGGUUGCGGUCAAGGACCGAGAAGAGGUCGAGUGCGAGCUCGUUGCGCUCGUCGGGGCUUACAACCUGGGCAAGCUUGCCGAGCUGGCCAAGGACAAGGACUCGGCGAGAAAGUGGUUCGAAAAGAGCCGAGCGCAGGCCGUGCGCAUCGGCUCGAGGGAUGGGCUGGAGCAGUCUUCGGAGGCGAUCAGGAGGUUGGGAAGAUGA